GCGCUCUCGACCACACCCCUCAACCUCAAAUUGAAAACAAAAAUUGUCGGACUGUCGAAAUUUGGCAGACAUCCUAUUUUAUACUAUUUUCCAAACCCGUAAUGAGGAAGGGACCCAAAUGAUACUAAUCGGAAAAGCUUUCUUCAGCGAAUAUGGAGAAGAAAAGUGGCCAAAUGCCGCCAGCAGAUGGUGAUUUUGGUGAUGAAGAGGAAAAAGACAGCUCAGAAGAAAUCGAACCGAAACUCAAGUAUGUUCGCAUCACCAAUGACCUGCAGAACAUCCUCUGCAAGGACGCUGCGAGCUGCAUUGCUGUGCACCCAAAAUUCAUUUGUAUAGGAAGCCACUGGGGCGCUUUGCACUUGUUUGACCACCAGGGCAACAGCGUCAGAUCUCAAGAUUUGCAAGCCCACACAGUCAUGGUGAACCAGAUCAGCAUAGACGAGCGCGGGGACCACAUAGCCAGCUGCUCGGACGACGGGAGAGUUUUCAUCAACGGACUUUACUCUCCAGAGAGCAGCCAGAGUCUUGUUUUGCACCGACUGAUCAAGUGUGUGGCCAUAGACCCCUAUUACUUCAAGAGCAGCACUGGGAGGAGGUUCAUCACAGGAGACGAAAGACUGAUGGUGCACGAAAAGGCAUUUCUCUCUAGACGGUCCACAAUCUUGGCCGAAGCUGAAGGGCAUGUGAACAACAUCAAAUGGUGCGGCCGAUUUGUCGCUUGGGCUUCGUCAGUUGGCCUGCGAGUCUAUGAUAUCGAGGCCAGGUGUUCUCUAGGUCUCAUUAAGUGGCCCAGAAGCCCCAAUUUGCAACUAGAGCGAUUCAGAUGCAAUUUAUUUUGGAAAGAUGUGCACACUCUAUUGGUCGGCUGGGUCGACUCAGUUAGGGUGUGUCUCGUUCGAAGAAGAAAUCCUGCCGAGGUGGCUGAAAACAAAGACCUUCCAGAUUUUAAAGUAGAGCAGAUUUUUAAUUUUCACACUGACUUUUAUCUAUGUGGAAUUGCGCCGUUGGACAACAACCUGGUUCUGCUGGGCUAUCCUAAAGAGCUGGAUGAGAAUGGGAAGGCGCAGCGACCUCAGCUGUAUGUGGUGGAGCCAAAGGACGGUGGAGACUUUGAUGAGUUGAGCACCGACUGCCUUUCGUUGCGAGGUUAUCAACAGUACACCUGCAACGAUUAUCAUUUAGACUGUCUCAUUGAGGAGAGCCGAUUUUUCAUCAUAAGCCCAAAGGACGUUGUUGUGGCCAGUCCGUAUGAUGCCGACGACAGAAUCCAGUGGCUCAUUGAGCACGAAAGAUACGAAGCUGCCAUGGAAGAAGUUGCAAACGCCGACAAAAAAGAACUGAGACGUCACACGCUGAUCGAUGUUGGACAUUCCUAUAUUGAGCACCUGUUGGCCAAAGGGCGCUACACUGAGGCAGCCCAGCUGUGUGUCAAGAUUCUUGGACAGGAUCAAAAACUCUGGGAGGAGGAGGUCUUUAAAUUUGCCAGGCACCAACAACUGAGAGCUCUAAGUCCAUAUUUGCCAAGAGGGCAAACUCAUGACUCAAUCAAACUGAAUCCCCACGUUUACGAGAUGGUUCUUUACGAGUACAUUAAGACAGAUCAUAGAGGGUUUCUCAAUCUGGUCAAGGAGCUACCACCCUCUCUCUACAACCUGCCAGCAAUAGUCAACGCUGUAAUGGAGCACUUGCUGCAAAAUCGGCCCCAUGAAAGAAAAGACGAAAUGCAAGAAUUACUGGAAGCCUUGGCCAUUCUGUAUCUUCACCAGCAAAAAUUCAGCAAAGCCUUUUGCAUGCUAGUCAAGUUCAAGAAUCCAGAAGUUUUCUCCCUAAUUAAGCAGCACAAGCACUACGACUGCCUGCUCGACAUAGCAGUGCAGUUGAUGGAACUUGAUGCUUCGAAGGCAACUGCCCUCUUUCUAGAGCAAAAUAAAGUGCCACCUUCAAAGAUAGUCUCUGCCAUAGAACACAACAAGUAUUUGCUAUUUCUCUAUUUGGACGCAUUGGAGAGGCGAGACGGCAAGAGUGCCGGGAAAGAAUUCCAACACUUGCUGGUUGAAUUGUAUGCAGAAUACGCAAAAGACAGGCUACUUUCAUUUUUACGCCAUGGUGACCAGUACCCCAUUGAGACUGCUCUAGAAAUAUGCCAAAAACGGAAAUUUUAUCCUGAAAUGGUGUACCUGCUGGGCAGGAUUGGCAAGACCAGAGAGGCACUCACACUGAUAGUCAAAGAGCUGCAAGAUAUCAAGCAGGCAGUGGAAUUCUGCAAAGAGCAUGAUGACCCUGAGUUGUGGGAAGAGAUGAUUGCCUCGACUGUUCACCGACCCGAUUUUGCCACGUACUUGUUGCAGAAAAUCGGCACGUACAUUGACCCGCAAAUGCUUAUCAAGCGAAUUGAAAAUGGCUGUGUGAUCGAGGGUCUUAAGAAUUCUCUGGUGAAGCUGCUGUGUGAUUAUCAAUUACAAGUUUCUGUCCAAGAGGGGUGCAAAAAAAUACUUGUCUCUGACUACUUCAAUCUGCACAAGAGGCAAGUCGCUUUACAAAUGAGGGGGGUUGCUAUUCAUGAGGACAGUCUUUGCGGAGUGUGCUCGAGGCCAUGUGUUGUAAAAAAUCCCUGCCACAAUGACGGUCUUAUCGUUUUCUACUGCCGCCAUAGUUUUCACGAACAAUGUCUGUCUGCAAGCGCUAUGAUCAGUUGCGUGGUGUGUCAACCUACGCGCAGAGUUCCAAGGCCUUAGUUGUGCUACGCUUAAUUGUAUUUUUUACUUCUGAGAGAAAAUGAAAUUUAUUAAUUAUAUAUGUAAUCUUUAUCGACAUAUAUGCAAAAUGCAAAUACAUAUAAACAACCUUGAAAUACAAAUUGUUUAUAAACUUAUCAAUGCUCAUUUUUGUAUUUAAUAACUCAAACAAUAAUUGCAUUGUUCACAAAAGUGUGUACUAAAGGAAUAAAAGAAAAUGUAAGUGAUAAAUCAAGUAAUCAAACAAACGUGUAUUAUU